UAAAAUGUCGGAGCUUCUCUGUCAAAAUAGUCUGAUUACCAGGUGCAGUUUGCCACACUAAGCAAUCAUCUGUAAUAAUUGGCUGCCGCCUUGAUUCAUUGGUCAAAAUCGUGAGAAAAUACCUUACAUUCACGGAUGCAUUUGCAAUUGCGUAACGGCGGUAUUGGUUGGUUUGCAAGCACUAUUAAAAGGAGUGCAGUCGUAGUCAAAGCCACAAAGAGCACGAAGCUAAAUGAACAUUGCAAACGCCUUGAAAUAUAUUCACAGAAUGACAAGAGCAAUGGAAACUCUUUUUGUCAUCGCACUGGCGUAUUUCUUACUAACAGCUAAUGGAAUGUACUUGGAAACGCCCGAAGAUGCAGUUGCAAAAAGCGACGAACAAACACGAGAGACAUCAAUAGAAACACGAAGCAUGCGUCAAUGGAUCCGAGUUGAUAAGGUCCGGUAUAACUGCAUGGACUUCCGGGAGCUGUACGGAUGCAGUUGUCAAUUUCUGUUUUGCAACCCGGGCAUCCGGUCAUGUGGGUCUUGUGCAGUCGUGAAGCCGGACAAAUGGAAGAACGCUGUUACUGGCAAAGAUUGCAUAUGUUACCAGGCUUAUCAGAAUUAUUUCUACCCGAGCUACUACAAAAAGUAAUGUCUGGACGCUAGCUUGUUCCUGGUUAUUUUCUUUAAAUAAAAGAACAAAUGUCUUAAUUAGCAAUAACAUUGGACGACACUCAGCUGACUUUGUGAAACAUAUAUAGUGGCAAAUAACUGCUUUUCUCAUAAAAGAAAAGAUUAAAUGUUUUUGUGUUUCAAUUAAUUGUCUUUAA